AUGGAUCUACCUGAAGAUGCAGCAGCAGCAAUAGAUAUGGUUCAGGCUGCACAUGAAGAGUUCACAGGGGAUCCAGAUAGUUUCCAAAAGUUGAUUGAAGAUGCAGAAAAACCACUUUACCCAAGUUGUUCUUCGCAUACAAAGGUAUCGACAUUGAUUAGGCUAUUCAACAUAAAAGAAAAAGGUGGUUGGUCCGGGAUGGAAUAUGAGAAAAUACAUGCAUGUCCCAAUGAUUUCCUGCUUUUUAGAAAGGAUUAUAAAGAUGAUAAUACUUGCCGGACCUGCGGAGCUUCUAGAUGGAAGAAGGCGCCAUCUUGUACGAGUAAAGGGGUGCCUGAGAAAGUGAUGUGGUAUUUUUCACCUAUUCCUAUAUUUCAAAGGAUGUUUCGGUCACCAAAGACAUCAAAACACCUGAUAUAUCAUAGCCUCCCAAGAGUUGAAGAUGGUAAACUUCGUCAUCCAGUCAACUCCCCGGCAUGGAAACUAGUUGACAAUAAAUGGCCAGAGUUCGCUAAAGAACCACGAAAUCUGAGGUUAGCUCUUUCUACAGAUGGGUUUAAUCCAAAUAGUUCUGUUGGUGGCAAUUAUAGUUGUUGGCCGGUAAUGUUGGCUAUUUAUAACUUUCCACUGAAAUUGUGCAAAUUUAUUAUGCUGACGAUGUUGAUAUCUGGUCCUAAACAGCCCGGAAACGAUAUAGAUGUUUAUUUGGCCCCUCUUAUAGAGGAUCUACAGAAAUUAUGGGAUGAAGGUGUGGAAGUUUUUGAUGCCUACAAGGAGGAGAACUUCAAUCUCAAAGUUGUACUUCUUUGGACGAUCAGUGACUUCCCCGCAUAUGCUAAUCUUUCGGGUUGCCCUAAAGGAGGAUAUAAUGCUUGUCCAAUUUGUGCUGAACGUACUUCUUCCAUCAGGCUCAAAUACUCCGGCAAAAAUGUUUAUCAAAGUCAUAGGAAAUUUCUUCCCAGAAAACACAAGUUUAGAUUGGAUAAAAAGGCUUUUCAUGGUCAGCAAGAGUUAGGUACAUCUCCAAAACCUUACAACGGUGAAGAAGUUCUUAGGCAGGUUGAAGAUGUCAUACACACGGAGAAAAACAUAGGAGAGAGUAUUGUUGGGACGUUACUAAACGUACCUAAGAAAACAAAAGAUGGUUAUAAUGCUCGAAAAGACCUUGAGGAUUUAGGAAUGAGGCCUGAAUUGGCACCUAAAGAGAAUGGAAAAAAGGCGUACCUUCCACCGGCAUGUUUCAGAUUGAAAAAGGAGGAAAAGAUUAAGUUCUGUAAAACAUUGUCUGAAUUGAAGGUCCCAGAAGGUUACUGUUCGAAUUUUAAAAACCGGGUAUCGAUGACAGAUUUAAAGUUGUACGGUCUAAAAUCGCAUGACUAUCACAUGCUUAUGCAGCAAUUUCUUCUGUUAGCUAUAAGGUCCAUUUUGCCUGAGCAUGUUUUGAAAGGCUAUGUUCGAAAUCGGAACCGUAUAGAAGGUUGCAUAGCUGAGGGUUAUAUUGCAGAAGAGGCGGUUGAGUUUUGCACUGAGUACUUCAAAAAUGUUGUAACUAUUGGUAUUCCUAUUGUUGGUACUGCAACAACGACCGAGAAUUUUGGUGGCACGAGCCUUCUUUCUGACGGGAAGACAUUAUCAAAGAGCACGUUUGCUGAUCUUGAUGUUAAUGGACCAGUGAUGCGGCAGGCACACCAAACCGUACUAAAUAACACAGAAGUCGUGGAACCCUACUUUGAGUUACAUAUGUCUUAUUUGAAGGAAAAAUUUCCACAUGAAACAGAAAAAUGGUUGGAGAAACAGCAUUGUCAAACAUUCCAAGAUUGGUUACAUGAAAAACGAAACAAGUUUUCUAUGUACAAGCAAAGUUAUUCUAAUUGUUCGAUUGUUAUAUCAACACGGGAAAGAGAUAUAGAUGAAUGUGAGGUGGAAGAGUCACUGGCCUUAGAGGGUAAUCCCAGUUUUGAAAAUGUUGUUCCUGAGGAGGGUUCCUUUGACAUAGGUGAUGAUUCUCAAUAUGCUUACAUGCGUGAUAACAAUGAAGGUAUAUGGAUUGAAGACAUCUCCAAGGGACAAAAGAAAACACACGUGCAAGAUGACAACCCGAUGGACGAGGAUGAAUCAUCGUAUGAUGACAGUUCCAUGGACGACGGUUACAGUUCAAUGGAAAUUGAAGCAGAUGAUGAUGACUGA